CCGAGUAGGAAGCAAAGCAUAUUGUUUAUUUGCCCAAUCAAUCCUGCUGAGAACUUGAUAAAUGCAGCUUCCCCUCUGAAAAUAAACCAGACCUACAUUAUAGGUCAUUCUAUUAAUUUACACAUUUUCAUUCAUAUUUAUAUAAUUGUGACGGUUUAUUAUUACUGUACUCAAGUUCACUUUGACAUUCUCUUUAAUUUACCAACAGAUAUAUGGAGGAUGGGAAGAGUGCUUCAGCUACUGAUAUUGGCUUUGAUACUAUUGAUCUGCAUUUAUGUAUUAUUUGUAUGUCAAUUCAACCAGUGCCUACUGAAUGUGUCACCAUCCAAUCAUCUCAAAUACAACCACACUAGCUUCACAAGUCAUAGUGGAAUCACCAAAAGGACAUUUACACCAACCAAUGACUCCUUAAUAAGUAAAGAGGAAUGGGAAUCUCUGCUCACAGAGCUACAAUGGUCACUACCGCCUGUUGUCCUCUUAUCCACAGAUGAGGCCACAAACCCCACUAAGUGCUCAUUCUCUGUUGUCAACCCCAAUUCAAACCACACAGUUGGAGGGUUUAUAGAUGUGAUUUUGAUAGCUAGAGAUACUAAAAAGCGGAUCAAAACCUAUGGAGGGGACUUUUUUCAGGCCAAGUUGUUUAACUCAGAACUUAAGGCCAGUACUUAUGGAGCUGUUACAGACCACUUUAAUGGCACCUACACUGCCCGUCUGGCCCUGCUUUGGCCCGGACCUGCCAAGGUGUCCAUCCGCCUAGUGCACUCUAGCGAGGCCGUGCAGGUACUGUGUAGGCAAAGGGAACAGGACCCAGAUAAGGUCUACUUCCAUGGCUACUUUGAGGAGGGUGGCAAGCAGGAAACAGUGAUGUGCAAUGCCCAGAGAAGUCCUAGGCUGGUGGGGAACGAGUCACAGUGUUGCUGUGAGUACAGAGAGCCAGUCACUGGGGAGACGUGGUUCUGUCGUCGGCCAUCUUCCCUGCCUUGCCAUGCUUUGACCUACCACAGCAUGGGCGGUUACCAGGCAGUACUCUCCAAGGUGGAGACGACCCUUCUAAAGAGUUCCACAAACAUUAUUGUACCAGGUGACGAUUCAACUAUCGAUGUCCAGCAACAGGACACUGAAAUCCGAUCACAAACAAAAUGCCGUCCUGGUUUGCACACCUCAGUACCAGCUGGAUUCUACCUCCAGGAUCACUGGACGUCCCUGGUGUGUGACUCAAAAUCCUUUCCCUCAGCUAAACUGAUAUCUGGUUGCCUGAAGGACAAACAGAUCCUUAUGAUGGGUGACUCCACUCUCCGUCAGUGGUUCGACUACCUGGAGGAAACUGUGCCAACAUUGAAACGCCUGAACCUUCACACAUCAAGCAAAUCAGGCCCCUUUGAGGCAGUCGACACCCAGUCCAACACCCGAAUCAUCUGGCGGGCCCAUGGGAUACCUAUACGGACAAGCAAGACCCCCUGGGCUGACCUUCACUACAUCGCCAGCGAGGUGGAGGGUAUGGCAGGGGGUGCACACUCUGUAGUCGUCUUCACCAUCUGGGCUCAUUUCACCACGUACCCACUGGCUAUGUACGCACACCGUCUGGUCGUCAUCCGUAGGGCUGUGGCGUCGCUCCUAAGACGAUCUCCCACUACUCUGGUAGUUAUCAAGUCAGCUAACACGGGCUACAAGGAUGUGUAUGGCAGCGACUGGCUCUCCUGGCAGCUCGACAUGGCACUCAGGGAAAUAUUCAGGGACUUGCCCGUGGUCCUCAUCGACGUUUGGCAGAUGACCUCCUGCCACUAUUCUCCGGACAACAUUCACCCGCCCUCUGUGGUGAUCCAAAAUGAAGUGGAUCUCUUCCUGUCCUUUGUUUGUCCACAGUCAAAAAUGCUGUAGUCAUGCCUGUAAUAACAUUGUGCCUUACUGUAUACAAAAUGCUGUCUCCAAAAGGAUUCUACAGUAUAUUGGAAAGGGGAUUUUAAUUUUUGGAAGAUAAUUCCUUUAAAAACUGUUUGCCUUAUUCAAAAUGAAUGUAAAGCUUUUCUAACUGGCCUUAUUUUAAAAUAAAAACUACUUUAAAUAUGAACACUUGUCAAAACUAUGGCAAACCACAGAGCUCAAAGUUUUCUUUACAACCAACAUCCCCUCAACCUUUAUCAUUUCUGUUUCUCACACAUUUCUGAGAAUAGCAUAACUAUUAAUAUCCACAGAGAAUCGAUUCAAGAGAAGCGCUGAUACCCAGUGCUCCUAGUUUUAUUUUACACACUUAAUGAGAUUUUCAUUUAAAUAUUAUUCGAUAGAUUAUUAUUGACACUUACUACAGAUUAUGUGAAUUUACUUUUAAAUACAUUAUGUGCAAUUGAGAAGGACACAUGAGAUUCGCAGUAAGAAACUCGUUGCAGGUUUUGAAAAUAAGUGUUUUACUUUUAAUCUUACCCAGUGAUGUCACGGAUACCUUUUAUUUUUAUCCACAGAUUAUAGAAAAGAAAGUGACACAAUCUAUUGUUUGUUGUUUACUCAGUACUUUGUUGAAGCACCUUUAGCACUGAUUAGUCUUAAAUAUUCUUGGGUAUGGUGCUACAAGCUUGGCACACCUGUAUUUGGGGAUUUUCUCCCAUUCUUCUCUGCAGAGCCUCUCAAGCUCUUGUCAGGUUGAAUAGGGACCAGAUCUUAUUCUCUAAUAAGAGUCCCUCAACUUAAACAUUGAACAGGAAGGACAAACAUUACAGGUUUGGCUUAUAUAUUUUGAAAUAACUUUUAUUAAAAACAAGAACAGUUUCUAUGUCACGGUCUGACCAUCGUUCAUAUGCAUUUUCCUUGUUUUAGUGUUGGUCAGGACGUGAGCUGGGUGGGCAUUCUAUGUUGUGUGUCUGGUUUGUCUAUUUCUAUGUUUGGCCUGAUAUGGUUCUCAAUCAAAGGCAGGUGUUAGUCAUUGUCUCUGAUUGGGAACCAUAUUUAGGUAGCCUGUUUUGUGUUGGGUUUUGUGGGUGAUUGUCCUUUGUGUCCUUGUUCCUGUGUUAGUUUACACUAGUAUAGGCUGUUUCGGUUUUCGUUACGUUCUUUGAAUUGUGUUUUACGUUUGUUCAUUAAACAUGGAUCGCAAUCUACACGCUG